AUGAGUAUGGACUCGCAGCUAAUUAAGACUGUGAAUAAAUUACAGGAUGCCUUUUCAACUGUAGGAGUUCACAAUCCAGUUGACCUACCGCAGAUUGCUGUCAUUGGCUCUCAAUCAAGUGGUAAAAGUUCAGUAUUAGAAAACAUUGUUGGUCGUGAUUUUCUUCCUCGUGGUACGGGUAUUGUCACUCGACGACCUUUGAUUCUUCAAUUAAUCAACAGACCACCCAAAGAUAAUGAGGACCCAAGUCAGCAAGAAUGGGGGGAGUUUCUUCACUUGCCAGGACAAAAGUUUUAUGAUUUUGAUAAAAUUCGCCAAGAAAUUAUCAAGGAUACAGAACUGAAGACUGGAAAAAAUCUAGGCAUCUCCCCUCAGCCGAUCAACUUGCGUAUCUUCUCACCCAACGUACUCACCUUGACCUUGGUCGAUUUACCAGGCUUAACCAAGGUGCCUGUGGGUGAUCAACCAAAGGAUAUUGAAAAGCAAAUUCGUGAGAUGCUGCUCAAGUAUAUCACUAAACCCAAUUCUAUUAUCUUGGCUGUUACUGCCGCAAACACAGACCUGGCCAACUCAGACGGUCUCAAACUAGCGCGCGAUGUAGAUCCAGAAGGGCUGAAAACCAUUGGUGUAUUGACCAAAGUGGACUUGAUGGAUGAAGGAACAGAUGUGAUUGACAUAUUGGCAGGGCGGGUCAUUCCUCUGCGGUUAGGCUAUGUACCUGUCGUCAACCGUGGACAACGAGACAUCGAGAGCAAAAAGUCUAUUCAGCGUGCGUUAGAGGCAGAACGUGAGUUUUUCGAAAACCAUCCAGCAUAUAAAUCCAGAGCUCAAUACUGCGGCACACCAUUUUUAGCACAAAAGCUUAACAGAAUCCUGAUGCUUCACAUAAAGAACACGUUACCAGAGAUCAAGGGCAAGAUUCAGUCUGCACUUGUCAAGUAUCAACAAGAGUUGUGGUCACUGGGUGAUCCACUCGAUGAUCAGCCUUCCAAUCGAGCCAACAUGGUGUUGAAUAUCAUCACAGAGUUCUGUACCGAGUUUCGCACAAUCAUUGAUGGUACCUCGGGUGACCUGUCGAGCUUUGAACUCUCAGGUGGUGCACGCAUCAGUUUUGUAUUCCAUGAACUCUAUGCAAGUGGUGUCAAGGGUAUAGAUCCUCUGGACCAAAUCAAGGAUGUAGACAUUCGUACUAUUCUCUACAAUUCUUCUGGAUCUUCACCAGCUCUCUUUGUGGCUACAACUGCUUUUGAGUUGAUCAUCAAGAAACAGAUCAAACGACUGGAGGAGCCGAGCGUGAAAUGUAUCAAUAUGGUCUAUGAUGAAUUAGUGAGAAUCCUUGGUCAGUUAUUAACCAAGCAAUUCUUUAAACGAUUCCCUGCUCUUAAAGAAAAGUUUUAUCAAGUUGUUUUGGCCUUUUUCAAAAAGGCGCUUCAACCUACAUCAAAACUGGUGACUGAUCUUGUAGCUAUGGAAGCAUGUUAUAUUAAUACAGCUCAUCCACACUUUUUAAAUGGGCAUCAAGCAAUUGCACUUGUUAAUGAGCGAAUGAGCAAGGAAACCAAACCUAAAGCAGCGCCUGCUACUGCAUUACCUGCUUCAACGAUACCAGAUUCUGAUAACAGUGGCUCACUCUUUGGAAGCUUUUUCUCAGGUAACAAGAAGGCCGCAAAUGCCAAGAAAUCAGCAUCACCUCUAUUAGAUGCACCUCCUGCAACUUUAAAAGCAAGCGGCAAUUUAUCAGAACGAGAAUACAUGGAGAUAGAAGUUAUUAAGUUAUUGAUUCAGUCUUAUUAUGAUAUCGUUAAGCGUACAAUGAUCGAUAUGGUUCCUAAAGCGAUCAUGUUAAACCUUGUUAAUCAUGCAAAGGAAGAACUUCAACGAGAGUUAUUGACAGAACUCUACAAGGUAGAAGUAUUGGAUGAAUUACUGCAAGAGUCAGACUUUACAAGGCAAAGAAGAAAUGAAUGUAAAAAGAUGAUUGAAGCUUUACAGAAAGCAGACGAAAUUGUUGGUUCCGUUUAA